GACAGCUGGGUAUAAAAGAAUGGCAUGGUUAGACAUGUAAUAAAUUAAUAAUCAUGUGAAACAAGUCGUAGCAUUCAUACUUGCAUUUGCGGAUUAGCUUUUCUUCUCUUUCAAAUUAAAGCUCUCGUUCUGUGCUGCUUGCGAGGUGUGUUUCUAUUAUGGGUAACUGUUUUAGUGCCAGGAUCAAAGCUGAGAGCCCUCCACGCGAUGAAGAGAAGGUUUUGAGUGGUAUAAGCAGCAAGGUAUCAUCUCGUUCCAUGCUUAUGUCUCCUCUGACAGAGGGCGAGAUUCUGCUAUCCACCAAUUUAAAGAACUUCAGCUUCAUUGAACUAAGAACCGCCACAAGGAACUUUCGUCCGGAUAGUCUGGUUGGUGAAGGUGGCUUUGGCUCUGUAUUUAAGGGGUGGAUCGACGAGCACACUCUUGAACCCACAAAACCGGGCACCGGACUCGUCAUUGCGGUGAAGAGGCUAAAUCAAGAGAGCACACAGGGACAUACUGAAUGGCUGACAGAAAUCAACUACUUGGGUCAGCUGGAUCAUCCUAAUCUUGUGAAACUCAUAGGUUACAGCUUAGAAGAUGAUCACCGGAUUUUGGUGUAUGAGUUUUUGACUAAAGGCAGUUUAGAUAACCAUUUGUUUAGGAGAGCUUCUUAUGUUCGCCCGCUUUCUUGGAACAUACGCAUGAAUAUCGCUCUUGAUGCAGCUAAGGGCCUUGCGUUUCUUCACAGCGACCAAGUAGAUGUAAUAUACCGAGACUUGAAGACUUCUAACAUCUUGCUUGAUUCGAGUUAUCAUGCAAAACUCUCUGAUUUUGGAUUGGCAAAGGAUGGACCAGUAGGUGACAAGAGCCAUGUCUCUACCAGGAUAAUGGGAACAUUUGGCUAUGCAGCUCCUGAAUACAUAGCCACAGGUCAUUUAACGAAGAAGAGUGAUGUAUACAGUUUUGGCGUUGUACUGCUGGAAAUCAUAGCGGGGAAACGCGCAUUAGAUAAGAACAGACCAACAGGGGAGCAUAAUUUGGUUGAUUGGGCCAAGCCUUUGCUCGUCAGCAAAAGAAAAAUCUCACAAGUCAUGGAUUCCCGUUUGGACAGUCAAUAUCCUUUGCGCGAAGCCAUGAAAGUUGCAGUUCUUGCAGCCUACCAUGGAUGAGGUUGUAAGAUCCUUGGAGCAACUCAAGGAUUCUGAAGACACAACAACAACAAGUGGAGUGGACAAAUCUCCAGAUCAAACAGUUAAAACGAAUGGUAAUACUGCAAGAUCUAGUAGAGUUAGUUCAAAACAACAUAGAAGAAGUAACAAUGAAUCUUUAAAUGGAGAAGGUAGUUCUAAUAAUCAGACACCAUCAGCUUCUCCUCUUCACACUUAGAAGACAAACAUCAGUUUUCAUUGUUGCUGUACAGAUUUUGUUUCCUUGUUAUCAGUUAUAGAAAAAAAAUGAAUUAUUUCUUACAUUCCAACA